AUGGAUGAAAAUGAGAGUAAAUAUCUUUAUUUUAUUUCAUUGGCUUUAAUAAUUAUACCAUCAACUGGGUUUUAUGUGACGAUUGCUCCAUAUUUAUAUGAAAAAUUUGGAGUUAUAAUAAUUAUUUCACAUUCAUUAGUUUUAAUAUUAAGUGUUGGAUCACUUAGUUUAGCGAAAUUUACAGAUCCAGGUUAUAUACCAAAACAAACAAUUAAAGAUAAUAGUGAUUAUAUUCUUCAACAAAAUUUUAAAUCUGAACAAAAACGAUUACAAGAAAAAGAAGAGGAAGAAGAAGAAAAAGAAAGACAAGAACAACUUUCAAAUAAUAAUAAUAAUGAUAAUAAUAAUAAUAAUUUAAAUAGAGAACAACAAGAAGAUGAAAUUUUAAUUAAAAAAUAUAAUGAAAGACAAAAAAAGAAACCUAAAAAGAAGGUUAUACAUUUAUAUAAUGGAAAUGUUAUAAAAUUAGUUUAUUGUAAAACAUGUAAUUUUUUUAGACCACCAAGAUCAUCUCAUUGUUCAACAUGUAAUAGAUGUGUUUUAGAGUUUGAUCAUCAUUGUCCAUGGGUUGGAAAUUGUAUAGGAAGAAAUAAUUAUAAAUAUUUUGUAUAUUUUUUAAUAUGGACAGUAUUGUUAUCAAUAGUAACCACUAGUUAUUCUUUAUUACAAUUGAUUUCUUUAUCAAAAGAGAAAUAUCCAGCAUUUAUAGAUUUGGUUGCACAUGCUCCAUUUUCAAUUGUAAUUGCAAUUUAUGCAUUUCUUUUAUUUUGGACAUUGGUUGGUUUAUGUUUUUUUCAUUUACAUUUAAUAUCACGUGGUAUCACAACAAGGGAAGAUGCUAAAGGUAUUAUUAAUCCAUAUUUUUCAGGUGGAUUUAUUAGUGGAUUUUUUAAAUUGGCUUUUGGACCCAGAUUUAUAAAAUCUUCAAUAGAUAUUUAUGAUGUUUCAACACAAUAUCAAAAAUCUCAAUCUUCCUUAAAUGAAUUUAUAAUCGAUAUUCAAAAUAUUAAUAAUAAUAAUAAUAAUAAUAAUAAUAAUAAUAAUAAUAAUAAUAAUAAUAAUAAUAAUAAUAAUAAUAAAAAUAAUAAAUAUAGACAAUCGCCAAAUGUUUCACCAUUUUUAGAUAAAAAAGAUAGUGUUAAUAUGAAUGAUUAUGGUAAUAAUAACACCAAUGUAAAUAGUAGCUCAGUUUUUUCGAAUUUAAAUAAUAAUAAUAUUAAUAAUAAUAAUAAUAUUAAUAAUAAUAAUAAUAAUAAUAAUAAUAAUAAUAAUAUUAAUAAUAAUAAUAAUAAUAAUAAUAAUAAUAAUAAUAAUAAUAAUAAUAAUAAUUCUACUCAAUUUUCUUUAUUAUAUAAUGACGAUACAAAUAUUGAUGAAGGGGACGACAGAACAAGUUUACUCUCAUAUUAUUAA